AGUGAUUUCCACAAUCCGGUCAGCUGUCAGCUUCACUGUUCGUGUCUUUGAACCGCAGCUAGAAGAGGUUGUGUUGGUGUUAACUGUCACUGAAGACAUGAACGCGUUGGUGACUAAGUUAGACCACAUACGGAUCAGUUUAACCUUGAGGCACACUUGGGCACCAGCUAUGGCGGCUUCCAAGGUGCAGCUCUCCACACUCCCUCCAGAACCUGUCAUCCCCUCUAAGAAGCCUUUCAAAGUGGAGCUGGUUGGUGGAAAGCGUUACUCAUGGUGCACCUGUGGACACAGUAAGAAACAGCCUUUCUGCGACGGAUCCCACAAGUUCAAAGCCCAAGGCCUGUCCCCGCUGCGCUUUGUCCCAGACAAAGACACCACAGUUUGGUUGUGUGGAUGCAAAUACACCAACAAUCCACCUUACUGCGACGGCACACACAAGCAGGACUUCAUUGUGUCUGCCACACUACAUGAGGAGACUGACUCUUGAACAAGGAGGAUUAUUGCCAGAUGAUUUAACCUCAUCCUGAUCUGGGAGAAUAAACAGGGCAUCCGUUGUCGAGGCAGAGCAUAAACUUUACUGCUGUAGUCACAUUGCACUCCAUGAACGCAGCACAUAUAACAUGAUCGAACACGUCAGGCCACUGUGCUCUGUUUUUAUAUGGUGAAUACAAUGUUGCAUUAACAUUGGGGUUGGUGAUAUGACACUGUGGUGACUGUCCCUUUUUAAUAUAUCUAGUUGUCUUCUGAAUAACGUUGCAAAUAAGUAAACAACCCUGGCAGUCGAUAGGAAAAAGAUUGUUAAAGAUGGGAUGUAAUAGUAGUCUAGAAUCUAAAGUUCUAGUUUUACUGGAGAAAACGGCCCAUGUUGGAGUUGAACACUGAAUUAUGUGCAUGAAAUGAUGUGACUUCAUCUCGUAGAGACUGGGACUGUGUGAUAGUGCGGAGCCUUGUGCUGCUCUCUCCUCAUAAAGCUUAACAUAGUAGAUGAAAUAAAAUGUGAUAAUUUCCUUUGGGAUGUGUUCAUAUGCUUUCCUUCAUGUGAAAUAUUCAUCACUGUAAGCAGCCAAUAAAUGCUUUGUUUUUAAUCUUCAGUUUGUGCCGACACUGUUAGAGGAGUGGUGUAAUUUCUAAAACUAGUUUGUGUUGGUCUAUGGUGGUAAGGUUAACAAACAUUUCAUGUCAAUAUCAGAAUUCAAAGGCGUCACUGUGUCUCUUUAUUUCUACUCAGCUGCUGUGGCACCUGUUGUCUGGAUCAUGUCAUAUACUGAGGACUCAGUGAGUCCCCAAAGACUCAGUAAGUGAGCAGAGCUGAGAACAGAGCCUCCUCUGAUAGAUACAGAAAUGUGAUAUUGUUUAAGUAGAAAUGGUUGCAGGGAUUUUUGUGAAAAGCUUUUUGAUAACAAAGUUGAACAUGUCAACCAGGGUCAGGCUGUUUGGACCUAUAGGGUGGAUUCAGAGAGAAGGCACUCCUACUGUAUCACCCAUCAGACAGCUUUGCACUUAACCCACUGAGGUAUAUUUCUAUUCAUGGUAAUGAGUCUAUUGUGGGUAUAUAUCUUCAGUAUAUAAAUGUAAAAAAUAAAAUUUGAGACAAUACAUUUAACACCCCCU